CAUGAGGCAACCCGAACUAAUAAAGUCUUCUGUCCCAUGGCUGCUAGGUCAUAAAUAAAAAAAAGCGAAUCUGGGACUCACUCACAUUCGAAAAUAAGAAACUUGACUAAAUUAUUAUUGUGAGUAUAAAACAAAAGCACACGGCGACUUUGUAUUAUUGAUUUGUUUUGCUUAUGAUUCCUAUAUCCUUCUUCCACCUUCCUUCGUCCUUCCUCUCUCCCUUUUAUUGUUGUUUAAUAUUUUCGUUAUAUUAGCAGACAUUACACCGCCGAAACUCUCUGUAGUUGCUACUUUGACGCUCUGUUUUUGUCCUGAUCAUCUGUUUGCUUGUUCCACAAGAACACGAGCUUUGUCUGCCCUAGAAUUUCAAGCAGCUUUUAUUUCUCUAAACUAGUUUUUUUUUUUUUUAAACAAUCUGAAAUGGGUAAUUGCUUAGAUUCGUCAGCUAAAGUGGAUAACAGCAGCCAUAAUUCUGCUUCCUCAGCCUCAAAAGUUUCGAGCAACACAAGCCGUUCCACAGUUCCUUUAAGCACAAGUUCUUACAGCACGGGGAACAGUAGUUUAGGAUCAUUACCGACGCAUCACAGGACAGAAGGAGAGAUACUUUCAUCUCCAAACCUAAAGGCUUUCUCUUUCAACGAACUAAAGAACGCAACUAAGAACUUUCGUCCUGAUAGUCUACUAGGAGAAGGAGGUUUCGGUUGUGUAUUCAAAGGAUGGAUUGAUGAAACAACUCUCACUGCUUCACGACCUGGUUCAGGUAUCGUUGUUGCUGUUAAGAAGCUUAAGCCUGAAGGCUUUCAAGGUCAUAAAGAGUGGUUGACUGAAGUGAACUAUCUUGGUCAACUUAUUCACCCGAAUCUUGUAUUACUAAUUGGAUACUGCUCAGAAGGCCAAAACCGGCUUCUUGUAUAUGAGUUCAUGCCUAAAGGAAGCUUGGAGAAUCAUCUUUUUAGACGUGGGGCGCAGCCACUUACAUGGGCAAUAAGGAUGAAAGUGGCAGUAGGUGCAGCUAAAGGUCUAACGUUUCUUCAUGAAGCAAAGUCACAAGUUAUAUAUAGAGACUUCAAAGCUGCUAACAUUCUACUCGACGCUGAGUUCAAUGCUAAGCUUUCGGAUUUCGGUUUAGCGAAAGCAGGUCCUACUGGUGAUGCUACACAUGUGUCCACAAAUGUCAUUGGUACUCAUGGUUAUGCAGCUCCUGAAUAUGUUGCCACAGGUAGAUUGACGGUAAAGAGCGAUGUGUACAGCUUCGGCGUGGUACUACUGGAACUAAUAUCAGGACGACGAGCCAUGGACACUUCAAAUGGGGGAGUCGAGUAUAGCCUUGUGGACUGGGCAAAACCGUACCUUGACGAUAAGCGGAAGCUUUUUCGAAUAAUGGACACCAAACUAGGCGGGCAGUAUCCACAAAAGGGAGCUUAUGCAGCUGCUACCCUCGCGUUGCAGUGCUUAAACCCCGAGGCGAAGCUAAGACCGAAAAUGUCAGUGGUUUUAUCCACAUUGGAACAGCUAGAAGCCGCUGCUAAACCUGGAACCAAGCACACAGAAUCUCCAAGAGCUCGUUAUUCCUCUGCUAUAAUGCAGAAAUCUCCGGUUAGAUAUAGUCAAGAUCGGCCUCUGCUGAACGUAACUCCUGGUGCCUCGCCUUUGCCUUCUUACAGUCGAUCUCCGCGUGUAAGAUGAAAGUAGAUAGCUCAUACAUACUCUUUGCUUUUGAAUGUGAAAAGAUUUAUACAGAGAAGAACUAUUUACUCAAACCUUUUAAGUGUCA